AUGUCCACAAAACUCACGAAAACACAAACGCACACCGACAAACACACGCACGUAGAGCUCAGCGGGUCACAUCAGUUAUAUCGAGUGUUGGGCUGUGGACCAGCGAACGGACGGAAGAAAAGUGACCAGACGACAAUCGCCGUGCCGCGACGACUGACUGCUGCCGUGGACACGCAGCUCAGAGCCAGCGAGAGUGGAAGGAAUUUCCCAGAACAACAAUGUGUGUACACCAAAUGCUUCUUCCCGCCUGCCCGUCAAAAGGAAGGAUGGAGAAAGCGCAGAGAAGCACCAGGAGAGCCUCGUCAAGUUGAAUGAAACAGCUGUAUAAUGAACCUCUACAAAUUUGGCCGACCUGCGUGCGCGUGUGUGAGUGCUGAGUCAAAGGUACGACUUCAACGACCAAGAGUACGGGGGAGGAAUCACCAAUUCCGUUCUUGGCCGUUUCUUUCCUUCCAAAAGCCACAUUCUUGGGCACGGUCGACCGUAGAAGAAGUGGUUAAAAGAGGAAAAAGAUCAUAUUUUUCCGUCAAAAUUCACCUCACAAAGCAGAACAUCCAUCCGUCUAAGCGCAAACACAGACAAACAGACCAACAGACGGGCAGAUAGAGCGAGAGACAAAGUCGCGAGAAUCACUUGGAUGGGAGCGUUGGCUUCAAUCGUCGAGUCCACCACAGAAGCCAGAAGCCUCAGCGUGGUUUAGU